AUGGCCAAACUGUUGGCUACGAUAAAGGCUGUCAUAACCCGAAUUAUUUUCAGCACCCACGGAUUUAUCGCCAUUUGGCAGGUGACGCAAAAUACCAAGGAUCCGCUGUACUGGUGUCUUUGCGCUCCGAUCGGGGUGCUGUUUGUAGAGGGCAUUUUUACGCUAGCGAUUAAAAAGAAUCAGGAAUGGCGCUGGUUCUGCCCAUCCGUCUUCAUCUACCUGUCAACUAUAGUUCCGGCGAUCUGGCUGUUAGAGCUGGACAAACUUGAAAAGCGAACACUUUAUCAGGACCAGAUGCUGAAUGAAACGAUCAAUUUUGCAGCCACCGUUGGCAAAGAUUUGAAAGAUUUGAACAAAAUGCUGGGUGUAAAAAUUCAACUCCCGGAGAUUCAUCUGAAUGCCGACACCUGGGUCACGUUGAUUGAACAGUUUCUGAUGCUAGUGCUGAUAAUAGGCCGCUGGAUGCUACCGAAGGGUGAUCUGACGAGGGAUCAGCUGAGUCAAUUGUUGCUAGUUUACAUUGGUACCGCAGCCGACAUAAUUGAAUUUUUCGAUUCGUUUAAAGACAGUAAGAUAGCUAACGAGCCGGUUCUGGUGUUGCUGACUUUGAGCAUUUGGUCGUGGAGUUUGCUACAGUUCACAAUUGUCCUGUCGGCUACCCGCGCUAGGAAACCACGUGGCGGUGGAAGUUCCGCCCAGCGAGAAGAAGACACCAACUGUUGUAAUCUUUCAUGCUGCAACAUCGACGUCUGGGGGAUAGCGCUGAACAUUUUGCUCCAAGAUGCACCCUUUCUCACCUUCCGGCUGUUGAUCAUCAUUCACUAUAAAAUAAUCACCUACAUGAACAUAUUUUUUACGUGUAAGAAUACAUUAGUAAUUCUAUUACAACUUUAUCGAUUGUAUGUGGUUCAUUCGGAGAAUCGGAAAACGGCGGCUAGGAGAGAAAUGGGCAGCAGUCAUUCAUCGCGCCAUCCGAAGCAUCAGCAGCACAAGAAGACGAAACGAAGGAAAGUGGCCGACCUGGACGAAGAUGAUAUCCACGAGAUGCGGAAACUUAAGCAGCAUCGUAAGAAGGCGAGCUCGGCUUUGAAGACGCGCAAGGAUACCGGAUAUUCAACUGCCAGCAGUCAAACGACGAACGAGCAACAGAGGAAAAAGUCUCACGGUGGUGGAGGAAAGUCAUCCGCAGUGAAAAGAUGCCGUGAUGAACUUGGUCCUCAGAUGACCAUCAGUCAUGGUGGUGGUAAGGGAGGUAAAUCGAAAAAGAUAUCUGUUUCCAACAGCGAUGCCAACGUAGUGAAUGACGAUGGACUAGAUGUUGUUGGUGAUGAGCGAAAGCGUGAUCGAAAGCACCAAGAACACGGAAGAAAGGGUAACAGGAUGGAGGACAUCAUAUGUCGGAAGAUGACUCAGUUCCCCGAGUACACGGCGAUCGUGGAAUCGCAGAGCCGGUGGAUGACGAAAAACUACAGCGGGACGUCGUUCAUGCUGGACAACGAAAGUUACUUUCCGCUCUCGAAGACCCAGAUUCCAGGAAAUGGCAGCUACUAUUCCAGCGACAAGUCGACCACACCUCCAGAAGUAAAAUAUAAGUGUAAGCAUAAAUUUGAAAACAAAUUUCUGUACAUAGCCAUAUCGAACAGAGGGAUUUCAAAGUCGUGGCUCAAGCCGAGCAAUCUGGCCAUCAAUCAACAAGUAAAAGAGAACCACCGAAAUGCAGACGGUCACCGCAACAGCAGGAGUCGCAAGCCGGUCAAGAGUUUCGAUGACAGUGGAAGUGAUGAUUACGACGACUACGAUGUUGAAGCACCGCCAGAAGGAACAACCAAAGGGCAUGGCGGUAGCGACGGAAACGAUACUAGCGAGUUCGAAACGGUGGUACAUGAGAAAAGUAGCACCCGGUCGAAAAAGCCACCGGCAGGAUCAUCCGGUCGGAAGGCCAUCAUCAACGUAUACUGCGCACACGAUGGGAGACCCGACGACGAGAAGGAAGCGUUCUAUGCGAAGCUGGAGGAGGUGUACGAUGGCUGUUCGCAACGGGACGUGAAAAUCGUUAUCGGUGAUAUGAACGCUCAGGUAGGACGGGAGGUAAUAUUUAGACCGGUAAUCAGUCCAAACAGCUUGCACACCGUAUCAAAUGACAACGGUCGACGAAGCGUGAACUUCGCAGCCUCCCGUGGCAUUGUAGUACCUUCUUCCCUCGCAAAGAUAUUCACAAAGCCACCUGGAAAUCACCUGACCAACGCACCGAAAACUAAAUCGAUCACUGCGAAUAUAGAUUCGAACCAUUACCUAGUUGCAGUAUACAUGCGCUCAAAACUCUCGACGGUGUACAACACUCGUCGUAGUCGGACGCCAAGGCCCAACAUCGCGCAACUGUGGGACACCGGGGUUGCCCAAGACAACGCACAGCGGCUGGAAGCAGCACUAACCACGGAAGAAUAG